CGCCGACUUCAAAGCUUUCGUUGCUCACUGACAAGCUUCAGCUGCUGGGUGACGACGAUGGCGACGGUGAUGGCGGCGCGUAUUCCCCUUGGGUCUCGACUGAAGAAUAGCUGCUUACCCUCCCCACACUAUGGACGCUCAUUCUCGACCUUAAAAUCCGCAUCAAAGCGUUCCACCACCGGAACGGGUCCUCUAUAUCCCCCUUCAACGUCCAAGGCUUCUACCAUGAGUGGUUCAGCGCCUGUAGCUACUGCUACGGCCUCAUCUAGUGCCUCGAGAAAAUCUGCGACCAAGAACGAGAAGAAGGUGAAAAAGCCUAUCCCUGCUCCAGACAGCACAGAGGCGCAGCUCAAACAAAUAGAGCAUAUGAUGAACAUGGCAAACACGUCGAACCUGUUUCCAACCAUGGAUAUGUGGGGUACUAAGAUACUGACUCUCGACGUAGAAAUACCACGCGACGCUCCAUUGCGCAUGCUUUUCUCAAAUCCAGGCGCAUUUUGGCACGCGAUACAGCACAACUUCUCCAAUUGGUUGAAGAACACAUUCAGCAUGUAUACCAUUGCCACAUCUGGAGCUUUUCCGGGAGUCAGUCAUGAUUUUCGAUUUAGUCACUUAUUCCUACCGCGCACAUGGCGUCAACUAGGCAACAUAACAUCACCUUCUUCAAAAUCCUGGCUAGCGCCAUUGCGACGUAUUGCCAUGGAUAACUAUCUGGCUAUGGGCCGCGCCAUAGCUGACAAGGAUGGAGUCACCCUCAAGGCACUGACAACAGCCGAACAUGCCACUAAGGUAAACAAGAUUGUCCGCGCCCGUCAACCUGGCCAGGUUUGGCAGUGGAAGGUUCUAAGCGACGUCUCAGACAAAACCUUGUUCCAAGAGAAAAGCCUAUUCCGUCCCCUUGCAAUAUCACCAGGAGCUACUAUUGUAUCUAUCCGUUCCGGUGAGGUUUAUGUGGCGAAGGAACCCCCGAAGCGUGGACACCGGUUGGUGAUACACGCACUAGUCAAGUUCGAGACUACGCAGGAAUUCAAGAUGUUCACAAAACAGGGUCAGUUAGUAGAUACUGGAUCUGCAGAGCCUCGUCGUGUGGUGGAAUAUCUGGUGCUCGAGAAAGUUGGCUGGUACGACAAUACGUGGCAGGUGCGGGACCAGAUCUACAUGUAAGCGGGUGCUAGCUGGAGGAUAUAAUAGGAGUUUGUGAUUAUAUCACCACCAAAUAUCAUUUUGCAGAAUUGCGGGAUACAACCUGCUGUCAUGCGAAUUAAUCGUUUUCACUACAGAGAAAGUAAAUAUACCUACCCUAUUUAUUUAUUUACCGUACAUUACCGCGUAGGUGAUCCCGUUGACCACUCCGGCAAAGCGACUUGUCCGAGUG